AUGGCAUCUUCGUCAUCAUCCUCGUCGCUGUUUGCGACGGAGUGCCUCCUCUACUCGACCGCAUCCUCCUCCUCCUUGGUCGGUUCCAUGGGUCUCACCACGGUUGCCGCUCCAUCGUCUACCUCGGCUCUCUCCACGUUCAAGGGCGUCUCCGAUCCGGCUCCCCAUUCCGUCAGCGCCAUCCCCACAUCACCCAAUCCAGCCAUCUCAGGCACCGGCGGCCUCGUCUUCCAGCUUGAAAACAACAAGGCCACACUCAACGUCUUUUCAUGGCAGCGAGAUCACCCUUUGCAACGUAUCAUCUUGCCAUCCAAGCUUUCUUGCAUUGCUAGUUCACCAAAUGGCGAGCUGGUCGCAGGUGGCUCCUACGACGGCCGCAUCUUUCUCUGGCAGAUUGCAACGGGAGACCUCGUCGCAUCAUUCGACGCACACUACCGCUCCGUCACCGUGCUCAAGUGGACUUCCGACGGUGCAGCUCUCGUGACAGGCUCCGAGGACGCCCGCAUCCUCGUGUGGAGUCUAGCCGGUCUCCUCGCCCCACACGACCAGACCAGCUCCUCCAUCACCAGCUCCGAACACAACCCCACGCCCUACUGCACCCUCGCCGACCACAACCUCGCCAUCACCGACCUGCACAUCUCCAGCGGUCGCUUCCCGCAUCAGACCACCAUUCUCUCCAGCUCGACCGACGCCAGUGUUAAGCUGUGGGAUCUUCGCACAAGGAGUUUGCUGAGCAGCUUCGUAUUCGAACAGCCCAUCCACAGGGUCGCACUCGACUGCACCGAGCGCUUCUUUCUUGCUGCCACUUCGCCAUCUUCCUCGCACAACCUGGUCUACCGUAUCGACCUCUUCCGCAAGCGAGAUGCGUCGAGCAGGCUAGUCGAGACAAAGACGUCCACGACAGGGACGCAAUUUGACUUUGUGUCAGAAGGACUUCGGGGAGCAGCGUCCGUCGAAGCGCACGGAUUCGGCUCUUCCGCGGGUCCAACAACAGAACGCAUCUCCACCGAGGCCGCAAAAGCAGGGUCGAGCAUCAUUAUCAUCCGCGAACCCAUCUCUUCGAUGUGUCUCUCUCUCAACUCGACGGCCCUCCUGGUCGGCAGUCUGGCUGGCAACCUCUACGUCAUCGACGUGUCCAACUCUCAGAUUCUCCGCACCGUCUCGCUGCUAGGCAACGCAAAGGCGAGCGCGAUCACGGGCAAGAAUGCGGUGACGAACCUCAUGGUGCUGCCCAAGCCGAGGGAUCUGUUGGGGCAUUGGGAGACGUCUAGUGCCGGAAGCGGCGCAGGGGGCAACAUCCCCGUGCGGCCCGUCGCCAACUUCGGCCGACAGGUGUUGAGCGCGGAAGAACAUCGAUUGGCUACACCCUACUUGACGCGGAUCGGUGGCGGGGCAACGGCGCUGUUUGACGACGAGAGUGUAGACGAAUUCAUCGAUCCGGAGUGGGAUAGUGCUCUGGUAUCGGAUGAGCUGCUGGGGAGGAACGUGGGCUCAACGCCAGCGGCGGGAGCAACGAGCGCGUCAACGGUAAACGCGCAAGCGCUGAAUGAGGCGGAGAGGUUGAACCGCGAGAACAAGCUGCUGCGAACACAGCUGCAACAGGCUAAGGCGAUUAAUGAUGAGAUGUGGUCGAGACUUAUACAGGAUAGGCUGUCGAGUCAGGUCGCUGCCAGCGAGUAG